AUGUCACUAUUAGAAGACUCAGCAGAGGAAAAUUCUGACACCACAAACAGAGAAGCCAGCAUGAAUUUUAACUCGGAUAAACAAGAGGUAGAAUCUCUAUCGUCAGCUGUAAAAGUUCAAAAUUCUAAGGAAGAAAACCAAGAGGAUUUUAAAGAUCUCUCAGAUUUCAAUGCUUCCGAGCGGGAAUUUGAAAAGAUUUCCUCAAAUGAUCUCUGAAGUGAGGAAAAUAAUCAAGACAAUGUCUUCUCUAGUGGAAAAUAUAUAAUGAAAGAAGUGAAUGAUCACCAAGCCGACAACUUCGACCUUCCAAUUUUAGAAAAUGAUGAAGCCAAAAAUGAGAAGACAUCUCUACAUAAUUAUAUCAAAAAUCAGAGAUCUCUGGAUGAAGAAGACCAAAUGGAAAAUAAAUCUAAGUCAAACUUCUUUGGAGAUAAUUCAGACCAAGAAAAUGGUUCUCAGGGUGAAGUUGAGAAAAGGAUCUAUGAUGAUCAAGCCUCUGAUACAAAAGAGGAGUCUAGCAAUAAUUUAAAGAUUAAUAAAUUCCAUAAAGCUGACCAUCAUUACUCCCUGAAGAUAGGAGUUCAGCAACUCAGAGAGUACAAUUUAGAUCCUCCAAAUUAGAGAUCGGGAUGGAAGCAACAUCAAAUUGAAGAUAGAGCCGGAAUUGAUCUCUCGACCAUUUGCUGAGGAGAAUACUCCCACACCCAAAAUAUCUCCUGCUAUACUUGCUGCAGAAAAUGACCAUGGUCCACUAAACACAGUAACUGAAGAUGAAGGAACAGAAGAAAAAUCUAACUUUUCCAGUCGACAAAGUUUCUUAGAAUCUAACGAGAAGUUCAGAGUAAAGGUAAAUAACAGCGAUGGCACCAGCAUUCAGCAAUCUGAGAAGAUAUCAACAAAGAAAAAGUCUCCUGACGCGAGUAAAUUUAGAAAAUAAUUCAUCUGACUCUAAAAAUCUUGAUCUGAAGUAUAAUCAGAAGGACUUAUUCCUCCUUACUUCAGGGAAAGAUUCUAAUUUUCCUCCUUCUGAGCAAAAAUAGCAUCAGAAAGUUAGAUGUUUCAGAUAUAUCAGAGUCUGAGAGACUUGAGAUUGAGAAGACAGUCUCUCAACUUAGCAGUCACUACGAAGACCAUGAUAAUGUUGUCCAUAUCACACAAAGCUCCGAAAGAAACAAAAAAUCUCGAACCUUCAAGACAAAGUUACAAAUGUGACAGAAAAACUUUCCUAAAGCCUUCAAGAUUAAACAGAACUUCUUUAAGUACAAGACUAUUGAGGUCCGGACUAGGCUUAACCAUUUAAAAGGAUCUGAGGCAGGUAGUAACCUCCUUCAGAUUACAGAAGAUGAGCCUAAAGAUGGUUUCAGAUCAUAUCUGAAAGCAAUUCAAACAGCUAGAAAGGCAAUUACCACUUUCCAAAAAUAGAGAAGUUUCGAAAGAGAAGUCAUUGACGAAUCUUCACAAAUUCGAAUCUCUGGCUUCUAAUUUUCCUUCUGCACAAAAAUCUCCUUUAAAGAAGUACAUGAAAUCAUCUGUCCAGGACUUGUUGAAGUCAAUUUCUCCAACUUUCUCUCCAGCAGGGAGAGCAAGAAGUCCAAGUCAGAUACAGGCAGCUAUUAAUCGUAGAAGGGUAAUCUCUGUUUAUUCAAGAAGCCAAAGAAGAAGGGUUCCUAUGAAAUUGAAACUAAAGCAAAAACCAAAGCUUCCAAUGUUUCAGUAG